UCUUGUUGGCUUUUGUAUUAAUCUUGCUGGGUUCAUUUUUUUGUGUGGGUGGAAUUGUUUAAUUUUUGUAAUCUGUUGUAAAUUUGUUGAGGUAGAAGAAAAUUCAACUUUCAGUUUGGUGGGUAGUGUGAUUUUGCUUAUCUUUGCUUUUUAUCUUGGUAAAAUGUCCAGUUUGGUGUAGAUUGAAUUGCUUUAUGUUGUGCAAUUUUUGUGGGUUCGUGAUAAUUUGCAUGGGGUAACCUGUUUUUGUAGAUUGUGUACUGGUUGAUUCGAUGUCAGAUAUGUUAUGUCAAAGGCAAUGAUAUGUAGUGCAAUAGUGCUAUUUUUGCAAAUAAGAUUUGCUUGUUCUUGUACUAAUUUGGCUAGGUUAGUCUACAUUGAGUUUGAUUCAAAAUUAUGUUGGCAGAGUUUGCAAAUUCACAUUCCUCAAAUCAUUUCCCUUCCCCAUUUAAACCCAUAAACUUAAACUAAAAAUACAAAGAAACUAAGAUCUUCUGAAUUCAUUAAUCAAACCUAUUUAAUCUGAUCAUUGUACUACAUUAUGGUUUACUGAUAACUUCAUUGCUUGCUCCAUUUUUAUUGCUUUCUGUUUGCUGAACAUUUCAGUCUCUGAUGUCCUAAUUGAAUUGUGCUACCUUAAUUUCAUAUCAUAUUAAUUAGGAUUUGGAUUGUUGAAUGGCAGUGGAACAGAAUACAGUUUUCAAUUAGGUUUUUCCUCUGGUAUUGUACUUAUGUCUAGAAUACACUCCUUCUGUUUUGAAUGAAAAACAGAAGGUUGGCUAGAACAACUCCAAGGAAUGGUUCUUAUGCCGUGGAUAGAGGCCAAUCAAUAUGAUCCAAUUAUGAACAGCUCACAACACAAGAAAAACCAUGAAGAACAUAAUUGGAUCAACACACUUGCUGAACCUACUGACCUUGCUGAACUUACUGACCUUCACAUGAAAAAUAAGGGAGACUAUCUCCAAUCUUGAGCAAGCAUGAGUAUAGACGCAUGGCAAGAUCAAGGAAGAUCAAUUGAAAGCUUCCCAACAUCAGCCAAGACAGAACAGCAACUACAGAACAAAAACUAAGCAAACAGACAACCCUUGAAUACCUUCGACCAGGUGACCUUGCAAGGACUGUCCAGAGCUAACCCUUGCAUCUUGAAGGACAUGGAAGAUAGAAAUGGAAUCUCACUACAUGGACCUUUCUAUCAACACCCUAAACUCCUCCUAACAAUCACAGGAAGACACCAAGAAAAGAGGUGGAAGGUCACACAGUUGCCCGAUGAAACUGUCAGAAUUCUGCACCUGAACUUUGCUGACCAGCCCUUCUUUCAUGAGUUGUCCAGAGCUGAUACUCGUAUCCUAGGAAGAACAAAGGCUAGAAAUGGAAUAUUCAUACAAGGAUCUUUCCAUCAAGACCUUAAGUGCCUUUUGCAAAUCACAGAAGAUACCCAAGAAAUGAUGCUGAAGUGAUGCUUAUGGGAACUCUGGUAUAUGGCAUCAGAUACUCAUUCUCGGAAUAUUUGUGCACACUUCUUGUUGCUGGAGGUGUGUCGAUUUUUGCACUCUCUAAGACGAGUGCAAAGACCAUUAAUAAGCUGGCAAGUCCUAAUGCACCUCUUGGAUAUGGGCUUUGUUUCUUGAACCUUGCUUUUGACGGGUUUACCAAUGCUACACAGGAUUCAAUUACAGCAAGUUUUCCCCUGGGGCUCCUUCAACUUAUUCUCAGGAGAGCAUUGAUCAAGUUCGAGAUUUAUGGAUUUCUUACGUUGUCAAACAUAGGCAACAAAAAUCGGAGAAGGAAGCAGAAGAUUUGGAUGAUGUGUUAUAAGAUCAUAUCGAUGGAAAUUAUUAAAGAUUAGAAUUCAUGAAGAAUUUUGAUGACAUUUGACUUUUGGAAUAAGAUAAUUGUAUAGUUGAAUUCUAGUCUAAUUAUAUGAUGAACUGGUUUAUAAUAUUUGCUGUUGGUAUAGCAUGUAUGAACGCGUAUAUUUAAUGGUAUAUAUGGAUUAGUACAAAUUAUAUCGUAGUGGUAUUUGUA